UUCUCAUGAAAGUGAAUUUGAAUUACAAAAGCUGAUUAGUAGUUAUAAUAUAUCUAAUAUGCUAGUAUUAAUAGUCAGAGAUACUAAAGAUAUAUUAGCAAACAAACCCAAAAAAGCAUUAACUAAAGAGAUAGAAGACAUAAGA